AUGACGCUUUUUGGUCGACAGAUCGAGUCGACUGUGGCUCUUGUGCUACACUUUUGGCCAGUGCAAGAGUCUCAAAUGCCAGCAAUAUCUGGCAAGCAACAAGGCUCUCAUGGUGAUACUUAUAGCCAUGGGACCUUCGGGAACCACUUUAAUGGAUCUGAUAACGGCCGACCCGUCCACAGCGUCGGCAACGGUGACGGCGUCGUCGGGAUCGACGGCGCCGUCUACGGCUGCUCCGCUAUCAGUGUCGAGCGGUGGCGGAGGGAUUCCGACGAAGACGACAUUGGAGAGAGGAAGUCAAAGAGAGCGGCGUUGAUGCAGAUCCAGAGCGACACCGUUUCGCGGCCAGGCCGUUUUGCAUCCGGUUCUGCCAACAUCAAUAUCAUGCCGCGAGAAGCAAAAGCAGAAGAAAAAGGUUCCAAAAGUUCACAGAAACAAUUAGUUCUCCAUGUCUUUCCGAAGCUCGCUGUGUAUAAUUCUGUUGACCCUUCAUUAGCGCCUCGCUUCCAUGCUCUUACUUAUGCUCCUUCUAGCAACACUGAAAUUCUGUCCAAAUUGUAUGAAAUUGUCUUCAGCAUUCUCGAUAAGGUUGCUGAUGUCCCCCAAAAACGUAAGAAGGGCAUGUUUGGGACUAAAGGUGGUGAUAAAGAGUCAAUUAUCCGGAGUAACUUGCAAUAUGCUGCCCUAAGUGCUUUGAGGAGACUUCCUUUGGAUCCCGGAAAUCCAGCAUUUCUGCAUCGUGCUGUGCAGGGGGUUUCAUUCGCUGAUCCUGUUGCUGUGAGACAUUCUCUGGAAAUCCUCUCUGAUUUGGCGACAAGGGAUCCUUAUUCUGUUGCAAUGGCAUUAGGAAAGCUUGCUCUCCCUGGAGGGGCUCUGCAGGAUGUUCUCCAUUUGCAUGAUGUGCUUGCUAGAGUAGCAUUGGCCAGGUUGUGCCAUGCAAUAGCUAGAGCUCGGUCUCUCGAUGAGAGGCCGGACAUAAAAUCUCAGUUCAACUCAGUACUCUAUCAGCUCCUGCUGGAUCCCAGUGAACGAGUUUGUUUCGAGGCAAUCUUAUGUGUAUUGGGAAGAUCUGAUAAUACAGAUAGGACGGAAGAGCGUGCCGCUGGGUGGUACCGCUUAACUAGGGAAAUUCUCAAAUUGCCAGAAGCACCUUCUGUAUCAUCAAAGGGAUCUGAGGCAAAUGAUGCACUUCCACCAAAGUCUUCUAAAGAGAAAUCUUCAAAGACAAGGCGUCCACAGCCCCUCAUUAAACUUGUAAUGAGAAGGUUGGAGAGUUCUUUUCGUAGUUUCUCUAGGCCAGUACUUCAUGCAGCUGCUAGAGUUGUGCAGGAGAUGGGAAAAAGUCGGGCUGCAGCAUUCGCUGUAGGUUUACAGGACAUUGAUGAAGGAGUCCAUCUUAAUUCAUAUUCUGAGACGAUUGAUACACUUGAUUCAGAUAUUAAUGAAACCUCACACCCUGAAGGUGUUCGAAGAACCUCCUCUGUGUCUAAUGGAACAGGUAGUAGGGAUACAAUUACCGGCUUGUUAGCUUCACUGAUGGAAGUGGUACGAACGACUGUAGCAUGUGAGUGUGUUUAUGUUCGGGCAAUGGUAAUCAAGGCAUUAAUAUGGAUGCAAAGUCCAUAUGAGUCAUUUGAUGAACUAGGAUCAAUUAUUGCUUCGGAGCUUUCUGAUCCAGCUUGGCCAGCAACACUAUUAAAUGACAUUUUGCUCACUUUGCAUGCUCGUUUUAAAGCAACUCCAGAUAUGGCUGUCACACUUCUUGAAAUUGCCAGAAUCUUUGCUACUAAAGUUCCGGGGAAGAUUGAUGCUGACGUAUUGCAACUGCUAUGGAAAACAUGCCUUGUUGGAGCUGGUUCUGACGGAAAACACACAGCUUUGGAAGCAGUUACUAUAGUGCUUGACCUACCACCACCGCAGCCUGGGUCAAUGUUUGGGCCUCUGUCGGUAGAUAGGGUGUCUGCAUCUGAUCCAAAGUCAGCUCUUGCAUUACAGAGAUUAGUCCAAGCUGCAGUAUGGUUCUUAGGAGAAAAUGCAAAUUAUGCUGCUUCUGAAUAUGCUUGGGAAUCUGCAACUCCUCCUGGUACUGCAUUGAUGAUGUUAGAUGCAGAUAAAAUGGUUGCUGCUGCUAGUUCUCGCAACCCUACUCUUGCUGGUGCUUUGACUCGACUUCAGAGGUGUGCUUUUAGUGGCAGCUGGGAGGUUCGCAUUGUUGCUGCUCAAGCUCUUACGACCAUGGCAAUCAGAUCUGGUGAGCCUUUCAGGCUGCAGAUCUAUGAAUUUUUGCAUGCUUUAGCUCAUGGUGGUGUGCAGUCACAAUUUUCAGAGAUGCAUCUCAGUAAUGGGGAAGAUCAAGGAGCCAGUGGUACAGGCCUUGGAGUGUUGAUAAGUCCCAUGAUAAAGGUUCUUGAUGAAAUGUACCGAGCGCAAGAUGACCUGAUCAAGGACAUACGCAAUCAUGAUAACGCCAAAAAAGAAUGGACAGAUGAUGAGCUUAAGAAACUGUAUGAAACACAUGAGCGGUUAUUAGAUCUUGUUUCACUGUUUUGCUAUGUUCCAAGAGCAAAAUAUCUUCCAUUGGGCCCGAUUAGUGCAAAACUUAUUGACAUCUACCGUACACGGCAUAAUAUAAGUGCAUCCUCUGGUUUGAGUGAUCCAGCAGUUGCCACUGGAAUUUCUGACCUUAUUUAUGAAUCUGCUAAACCGGCACCUGCUGAGCCUGAUACACUUGAUGAUGACCUUGUAAAUGCAUGGGCAGCAAACCUUGGUGACGAUGGCCUGUUGGGAAACAAUGCGCCAGCCAUGAACAGGGUUAAUGAAUUCCUCGCUGGUGCUGGUACGGAUGCUCCUGAUGUUGAUGAGGAGAAUAUCAUCUCUAGACCUUCAGUUAGUUAUGAUGAUAUGUGGGCUAAGACUCUUUUAGAGUCUUCAGAGUUAGAGGAGGAUGAUGUGAACUCUGGUUCAUCUUCCCCAGAUUCAGCUGGAUCAGUUGAAACUUCUAUAUCAUCGCACUUUGGUGGAAUGAGUUACCCUUCAUUGUUCAGUUCAAAGCCAUCUACCUAUGGGGCUUCACAACCCUCGGAAAGGCCAAGCAAGUUUUCGUCGGGUUAUGGUUCUCCAAUUAGGGAGGAGCCUCCACCAUACACAUCACCUGCCAUGCAAAGGUACGAGUCAUUUGAGAACCCGUUAGCUGGUGGAUUGCAGAGUUUUGAGUCUCAAGAUGAUGGGCGAUCAUCAUCUGGGAAUCAGCAGUUUGGGACAGCACUUUAUGACUUCACUGCUGGUGGAGAUGAUGAGUUAAAUUUGACGGCAGGAGAAGAGGUCGAAAUUGAGUAUGAAGUUGAUGGAUGGUUUUAUGUGAAGAAGAAACGCCCUGGAAGGGAUGGCAAAAUGGCUGGGCUAGUACCUGUCCUCUAUGUCAAUCAAUCUUGAAGUGUCAUGCCAUGAUACACCAAACGUUCAUCUUUUUGGUCUGUUUUCUGAGCCAUUUAUUGCCUGAAAAUUUUGUGGGAGCUUUCUUAUAUUCUUUUUGUGUCAUCAUUAUUGAAGAUAUUGCUUGCUAGGAGAUACGGUCUGCUGGAGCUCUGUGCCUAGAGUUUUUUGUUCGUUAUGUUUCUCAUUCUUAAUAUUCAAGCUGCGGAGAUCAUGUAGGAGAUCAGCGUGUCAAUAUUCUGUUGUUUGUAUCAUUUUUACCAUGUAAAUGUUAUAAUUAAUAUUUAUAGAAGUUUAGAUGUAGUGACUGUAACAGGAGUGAAUCAGUAUAGUAAUAUUAUCUAAUUAUUGAC